AUUGCACGAAAAGAGCUGCUCGCAGCCGCACUGUGAAUAUCUGUAUGCUCAUAGCCAGGACUGUGGAGUGUGCAAAGGAGGGAGAGAGAGAGAGAGAGAGCGAGUGAGCGAUGAGGAGAGGUGGAGGGAAUACAGUCUGAUUUGGAUACAACUGGAAAAAUACCAAGCGCGCACAGCACGCACCGAGCGGAAGGCACAUCGACGGUGCGUAGCCAACAUUUCACCUACUCCCCCCCGUCCCCUGCGAUCGGAUUCAGGCGAGAAUGGAGCUCCCUGCCGCCGGAGAGCACGUCUUUGCGGUGGAGGGCAUCGAAAAGAAGCGCAUCCGCAAGGGCAAGAUCGAGUACCUGGUCAAGUGGCGAGGCUGGUCUCCCAAAUACAACACAUGGGAACCAGAGGAAAACAUCCUUGACCCUCGUCUUCUCGUCGCGUUUCAACACAGAGAGAGGCAGGAACAGCUGAUGGGAUAUCGUAAACGGGGGCCAAAACCAAAACAUCUUUUACUCCAGGUGCCAUCAUUUGCCAGAAGAUCCUGUAUCCCUGCGGGUUUCGAAGAAUCAUCUCAGGAUGCAGAGGUUAGCAUCAAGUCCGAUCCCAUCCCAGUCCAGCGUCCCCAGCCUCAGCAGUACCAGCUCAACAGCAAGAAGCACCAUCAGUACCAGCCCAGCAGCCAGGAGGUCCCCGCUGAUCAACCAACCAACGGCAAGAAGAAGUUCAUCUACCAGCUCAACAGCAAGAAGCACCACCACUAUGAGCCUGACCCAAACAUGUACGACGCUCAGGCUUCCAGGCUCAAAGAGGUGGUCAAAGUUCAGGAACCGGCCAGUAAACCGGCAAAUCCUGGCUGGAACUUACCUCUGGCCCUGCAGCAGAAAUGGAUUCGAGACAAAGACACAGGCUGCUUGAGCAAAGUAAAAGAGUUGGCAGUGGAGAUGAGGAAACCAGCUGUUAAAGACGCUGAGAGCGAACAUGCCCUUAAACCCAAUCCUAAAGACGCGACGCUACCUAGCGCUAUUAGCAGCAAAAUGAAGAUAAUCAAGAACAAAAACAAGAAUGGACGUAUUGUUAUUGUCAUGAGCAAAUAUAUGGACGGCAACAAGGUUCACGGAGCAAAGGGUAAACACGGGGAAUCGUCGAGCGAAGUGAAACCCCAAAACACCAAACCGUCAGAGAACAAUCCAGCACACACAACCAAAAUAGUGGAGCACCCGGAGAACGGUAUCCCCAAAGAGCUCUGUAACGGCCGAUCCCUCCCUGCCGCAGAGCAUCCUAUAAAGUGUUCCCCAAAGGACAGACAUUUCUCCAAACCUUCGCCAAGCACAGCAGAGGAAUACAACACCGAAGUGGCUCGCGGUCAGGCCGAUUUACCGGAUGAUCUACCCCUUCAGUUGACCGCUAGCUCGCCCAUGACGUCCUGGGCUGUCGACACCAACAUCCCGACCCCUACAUCCGUCGAACAAAUCAGGAUCCCUUCUUUUCCAAACGACCGCAAGCGAAAGCUAUCAGAUCCCGCAGAGGACAGGAGCGUUUCCAAAACCUACCUGGCUUCCAGGAGCUUCAGCGUGCCCAGCACUGUGGUCACGCCACCUCAGGACAAACCUAUGGACCUCCACUGUAACGGCCCACGCCACAGCAGCACAAGUACAUUUGAGGUUGUGGACUCUGGCAGCCAAGAGGAGCCGAUGGAUCUCAGUUGCCCAAAGACUAAGAAGCAGGUGGAGCCAGAAAUACAGCCGGAGCCCGAGCCUGCUGUCACAAACACACCUCCUGUGAUGGAAGACACACAACAAUCCACAGAGAAAUCUAAAGAAGCACCUGUUAAAAAUACAAUCUCCCCUUUUAUGGGAAAUAUCAUAAUCACUGACAUCACAACGAACAGUCUCACCGUCACCUUCAAGGAAUAUGUUUCUUUCUGAGGAGCCGUUUGUAAGAUUGGACUACCAGUGACCGAUUGGAUGAAUCCUGUGAAUAUGUACAUAUGUAAAAACCUCAGAAUUUUGUAUAUGUGGAAAUUUAUAAUUUAUCAUUCAAAUUCAAUAUGUUUCUUAUAAUGUUUUAUACUGUAACUCCUCUGUGACGUCGUAGCCAAGAAAGUGCCCUCGAGGAUUUGAGCGAAUGCAUUAAGGUGGAUGUGUUCCACUUUUUAAAUAAUACUGUUUAUUUGUCAUAUCGAGCUUAAUGGGAUACUUUUGCUGUUGAUUCAUACCUGUACCAAACUUAUAACCUGAGAUGUAUGAAGGUUUAUACAUAUUUUGUAUGAAUAAUAUCACUUAUUUUGGUCCUGAUAGAAGGUAGAGAGGAUGUUGUUGAGUAUAUGGUGAUCAAAGAUCAAGUUGAAAGCACUUAAUUACAUUUUCAUAUGUUGGUUUGUGUGAAGAAACAGCUGCUGUCUUAUGUCUUAUUUCACUUCUUACUCCAGACAGGUAGCCUGAAAUGUCAUAUUUUGUUAGAUGAUUUGUUUGUGGCUUGUUUGAGAAAACAGGAUUAGCCCUGACUUGACAUGCAAAUGGAAAAAAAAGCAGGUGUGUCUACAGUGUAAACACAGUGUGCGACGCACUCGGCUGUGUCAACAACCUUAAAGAAAUGUCUUUUCUUCUUUUGUCAGGUUUUAGUCCUGCAAAGAGACAACAAAGCUGUCAGUGACUUUGCCGUGGCAACCCGAUCUAUUACUAUGUUGCACAUUUCACCUUUAGCAAACAUUUAUGGAAUAAAAUGUGACGUCUGAAAGAUCAAUUACCAUUAUUAAGAAAAUGGUGUCAUUUAUCAAACCUGUGACUUCCCGUUAAACCCACGUAUCUAUUCUUACCAUAAUUAGGUUCUGAUAUUCAUCUCAUUUUGCUUUUGAAGCUCGUUAUAUGAUCUGAAAGACACGUGUUACUGCUAUUUGCUUUAGAAAAAGCUACCAGGGUCAUUAAUGAGUAUGUUACACAGAUUAAAUGUGAGAUGCGAGGCUGCCAGUGAGUGCAAGCUGUUUUGAUUAUGCUGCUGAAAAUUCAAAUGUCAAAGCUGUUGGAUGUAACCUGCAUUUGAGUCUAAAUUGCCUUCUACGCACGUUUAAUGCAAAACCAGUGAGAAUGCUAAAAUGCUAUAAUAAUAAAAAAUGAAGCAUAUUUAUUAACUUUUAAUUUGUCAACAAAACAAUUACAAAGAUGCUCUCUGCAUCAGAAGCAUCAUGAAAGUGAUUCCAUUGAACAGUUGAAAAGAUAUGUCGAGUCUGUUUAUGUCUUUUUGUUUUGUUCGUUCUUUCUUACCCUUGGUUUCAAAAUCAAAAUGAUUGAUAUGUCAGUAUGUUCUUCCACGAGUUGGUUGAAUUAUUGCUCUUGGCACAGCUUAUUGGAUGGUAUGUUUCACAACAAAGAAAGAGAAAUGACCUCUGAUAUGUUGUUGCAUUGCUAUCUGGUCGGUGUGUUGACAUAUUGAACGUACUAAAAUAACUUUUUCAUUUUUUCUAGUGUUCCAGUGAAAGAUUUAUGUAUCCGUUGUUAUGAAGCCUUUCUGCUCAUACUGACAAAGAAUGGAACAAUAAACACUAGAAACAC